GCGGGCAGCACUGCGGGCCCGCGGCUCGGGCGGCUCCGGCGGCUCCCACUCGCUGUUCGCUCUCAUUGCCUACCCGCGCCGGCGGGACCGCAUUGCCGCUUGGCUCGGCCCAUGCCCGCUGCUCCCUCCGCCAGCGCCCGGGGGGCUGCAGCGGCUGUGAGGUGGUGGAGGCCGCAUAAGGCGGCGGGAUCGGCCGCCGGGGCAGGGUCCGGGGACGCAGCGCGGCGGGCGUAGGUCUAUGUCGCGGGCGGUGGCGGCGGCGACGGCCGCGGAGGGACGAUGCGCGAGUACAAAGUGGUGGUGCUGGGCUCGGGCGGGGUCGGCAAAUCCGCCCUGACUGUGCAGUUCGUGACCGGCACCUUCAUCGAGAAAUACGACCCCACCAUCGAGGACUUCUACCGCAAGGAGAUCGAGGUGGACUCCUCGCCGUCGGUGCUGGAGAUCCUGGACACCGCGGGCACUGAGCAGUUCGCGUCCAUGCGGGACCUGUACAUCAAGAACGGCCAAGGUUUCAUCCUUGUCUACAGCCUCGUCAACCAGCAGAGCUUCCAGGACAUCAAGCCCAUGCGGGACCAGAUCAUCCGAGUGAAGCGGUAUGAGAAGGUGCCGGUCAUCCUGGUGGGGAACAAGGUGGACCUGGAGAGCGAGAGAGAAGUGUCCUCCAACGAAGGCAGGGCCCUGGCGGAGGAGUGGGGCUGCCCCUUCAUGGAGACCUCCGCCAAGAGUAAGACCAUGGUGGACGAGCUCUUUGCAGAGAUCGUGAGGCAGAUGAACUACGCCGCGCAGCCGGACAAAGACGACCCCUGCUGUUCCGCGUGCAACAUCCAAUAGCAUUCGGAAACGGCUGUCCGGGACACGGUCCGCCCCACGCCGCAGGCGGCACAGACCCGUCCGCGCGACCCCGGGGUCGGCAGGCUGUGCGGCGUGGAUCUGCAGUGAAGGAGCAGCCGUCACCCGCCAUUCAGCAGUGAUCGUCCGUGGGCAUCCCUGAGUAACGUUUGGGCUCUGCAGCUACAGGUCUUGCCUUUGUCCUCAGUCUGCCAGACGCACCUGCAACUUCAGGCACAGCCGAUCGAUGGAUCUACGGGGCGGGACGGUCGCCUUUGAAUGCAAUGACCGCGUUGUCGCUGCGCUGACCGAAGCAACUCUGGUGUACAUUGAAAAUAAUCAUGAGGGAGAAACCAGAAGAAUGCCUAUGGCCACUACAAUUAAAAUAUUUUAUCUUCUUUAAAAAAAGAAAUAAGUAAAGGAGAAAUAUUUUCCUACGAGAGUACUGAGUUUCAGGAAUUGAGAUAGUGCUUCUAGCCGCUGUAUUCCGCCGAGUAGGACAUUGGCGGACCUGCCGACCGCAGUCCGGGGAGACGCUUCGCUCCACGGGCGCAUUUCUGUUUCUCGAAAUCGAUGCCUGAUUGUAGACGUUAUCCUCAUUGGUGACACGGAACUGACUCCCGCAUCCACCCUCGGCAGAGCAAAAGUCAAAACAGGUUGUACGCAAAUGCAGCCUGGCUCUAGAAUGUGCAAAAUGACCUGCUUUGCCCCAGAAAACGGAGGCCCUCGCUAGGGUUCCAUCCGAGCCCAAACCCCAGGCCCACCCUCUGUCGACCAGGCGGGUGGGGUCAUUGCCGAACGAGAAGGAAGCAGCUGGGAGGCAGAGGUCACCCGGCCUCACCAGCCGGAAGCGCUCUGGUCGUAGGUUCACUAGCACCAUCACGUAAGGGAAAUGAAGCCAUGUCGCACCCACAUGUCCCCGUGUGCAGAAACCUCGCAGGACGGUACAGACACCUUGCGUUUUUCCGUUCGUUAAAGCAGCAGAUCCCUUCUUGCCUUUAAGGGCUAUGGUUGUGGUGUGAUUCUUGGUUAACCUGCUUUCAGAAUCAAGUUUGCUGCAGCACAGCUUUAUUGCAGGCAUUCACAGCGAUUGAAUAACCAUGUGAAAUCAUUUGGGCUUAAAAGUAGAACAUACAUUAUAGAGUGGAAGGUAAGGGACCCAAAAAUAAAGUCUUUUAUCUUCCCUUUUCCUGGAGAAGUACAUAAAGAUUUUCCUGUACCAAUUUUGCCCUGAUUGCUGAAGUGGCAAAUAAAGCUAGAGAAUAUUUUGUUUUGAAAAGGUGCUCAGGCUCUGACAUUUCUGGUUUCCGUCGCCGCCAAGUAUCUGUCGUUGGCAUGACUGACAGCCCAGGAGGAACCUAUGCGUACGUUUUACAAUCAAGUGUAGAAGGGUUUUUAGCUAACGCCAGAGUUCCAGAUGCUAAAGAGAGUACCUUGAGCUGAUUCUCUGGGGAUGAACUUGGCCUUCAGAACUGCAGUAUCACUGAGCCUGUGGUCUACAUGCCGCCCCACACGCUGUUGGUUUCACUCUCCUGUGCAAGUAGCCUCUGGUCUUACGUGUGUAACUGAGAGAGUAGUGUGUGUUUGUGUGUGCAUGUGUGUAUUGUUCCUAAGAACUUGGCACAAGUCAGAAAUAAUUGCCUCUACUGAGAAUCCGUGUUGCAGAAUAUAGUGUAUCAAAAACAUCUUUUUGUUUUAAAUUAUUUAAGUGUUCGCUACACAUCAUUGAAAUCAUUGGUAGCCACCCCUCCCCCGCACCCCAAGCGUUUAGUAAACUGGUGUUCGGCUUAAAGGUGGAUAGUAACUUCUCAUAGAUGAGAAAACAGGUAUGUGGGUAAAACCAGGCCAUGGUGGUUAAAAGUCUUUGAAUUGUGAAUAUUUGCAUUCUUUUGUGUAGGUUUUUUUUAAGCCCAAUUAUGAAGCACCUUGUUUAUAGAACAAAAACUUCUAGCCAGUUCGAUUGAAACAGAUUUCAUUGUGUAAAAGUUGAUUUGACUCAACAUGUAGAGAAAUCAAAGGUUCAGGGAGUUUGACUUACCUCCUGAAGUAGGAAUAUUUGCCAGUGAGUUGGUUGAAUUUUGAAGCCUCUCACUUCUCGGAAUGAUUCUGUUUUUGAGAAUGCCAUAUUCAAUAGCAGUUUAUGACAACUAAGAUUACAUAUUACAAACAUAAAAAUUCUACAGUCUCACAUAGUGGAUUGCUAUGCAGAUGAGAAAAAUAAGUCUAGCAACAGGAAAGGAAUGGCAAAACGUGUGGUGGAAGAGAUUAUCUAAAAACUGGGGUUUUAGUUAGACGCGUGUGUCAGGCUGAAGGUGGGCUUCCCUGCGAAGGUGUUCCUAAGGACAGACUGGGCCGCCUGACCAGUGUUCCCUACACGUUUAGUGACAUGGCAUCAAAGACGCCCAGACCCGGGGGAACCCGGUGCACUCCUCCUGUUGGUGUUUCGCCUGGUGUGAAUAGAACUCAGUGUGAAUGAGUGUGUCUGUGGGGAUGUUAAUAAAGAGCUUAAAACCCGGAAGAUUGCUUUGGUUGGCACAUGAAAUAAUAGUGGCUACAGAGAAAAGCCAGUGACUUGGUGUCGCUGUUUGUUUUAUGCCCUGAUCAGACUAGCAACUAGAUAUGUGGACGUUUUUCUAACAUGCCUUAAAAAUAUUAUGGUUUGAUCCAAAGACCCGCUUUUUUUUUUAGCUGUUAUGAUAACGUUUUGUUGUUGUUGUUGUUUUGUCUUGUUUUACUUUUAUACAAAGGUGGCAUUUGUUAAAUUUUUUUUUUUAUGUUGCAACUUUUUAGGGUUCUUUUAAGCUGUGAUAGCAGUGGUAACGGAUGCUUUUCAUUCUGUUCAUCGUACACACAACAAGCCAGCAUCUGGUCAAAAGUAUUACCUACAGUCUUUCCUACACUAUUGAAAGGUGCUUCUCCCUGGGUUUGUAGCAUCAGGGCUGAACUUGACUCUCAUCGGGACAGUUGCCAUCACCCACCCUCCUGUGGUAAAACUACUGAGACUUGCUUUUCUUUGUUAAAAAUCGUUGCCUCGGCGUCUGCUCAUUGUUUUCAAGAGUCGUCCAGCGUGAAUGCUGUCGGUUUAUGUGUGAAUGUGAAAGUGCUUGUUCUGUCUGUGGCUGUUGAGUUUUGUUUGUUUUGUUUUUUACUUUUUGUUCUGCUCAGUAGCAUUGCGUUAGCACUGGGUAAGCUUUACUUGUCUCCUUAGCCAAUCACGUAAAGCUGACGGGGGUCUUUUCUUUUUUUUAAUUAACGUGUCAUUGUGCAUCUGUUCAAUCUUGAUCAGGGUUUCAGGAAUGACUGCAGUGGGUUUUGGAAACAGACUUAUCAUUGAUUUGGGGUUUCCCAGAGAAAAAUAUAGUUCACAGUUCAUUGUUGAGCUCUAAUACAACUGACCAUUUCAAAUUGAACAACAGUUGAUUGUUUUGUAACAAUGUCAGUUGUUAAACCUUGACAUUUCAAUUAAAAUAGGAAUUGUAGUAAUAA